AUGUACAGUCAAGAUUACGAAGAGUCACCGCUACCACUGAUAGCGAACUAUACAGUUUUAAAAGAAACAUUUGCAGAAGAAAGACGAGAUACAGAAGACCGCGUUAUUCUAGAAAUAGGAAGGCAGGAGGAUAAACCUAAAGACGAACAUACUUUUUUUCAUAAGAAAUAUGAUAAAACCAUAUCCCACCAUCGGUCGUAUAUUCUAGAAGAUUACUCAGAACCGAGAAGAAUAACUCUAUACAAACCUCAUGACUUGGAACAAUCUACUCAUGAAGAUCUCAAAUACAUGGAUCACGAAGAGUAUAGAGAUGUAAAUAUGAUAGAAGCUGCCAGUUCCAAAUCGUCAAUCGAUUUUUCGCACGAGACGCAUGAUAAUGGAAAAUUCUCGGAUGAUCAACAAGACACCAUUUUGAAUUGGAAGGAACGAGCGUUGCAAUUAGAAAAAGAAUACAAAAAAACUGCAUGUGACAGAGAACGAACAAGAAUGAGAGAUAUGAACCGUGCUUUCGAUUUGCUUCGUUCCAAGUUGCCAAUUACCAAGCCUUCAAAGAAAAAAUAUUCUAAGAUUGAAUGUCUUCGAAUAGCGAUAUGUUACAUCCGUCACUUAGAAUUCAUUUUAGCUGGUGGAUCUCCAGAAGAAAUUUCAACCAUUUUCGACCCACAACUAACUGAAGACAAACGAAGACAACAAAGAUUUUGACUAAUAAAAAACUAUAAGUGGAAUAAACGCUUUCAUGUUC